UUUUCGGUUUUCGUCAUGUUCAAAUUGCUGCUCUGCUGUCUUCUGUUGGCCGCCAACGGUGGAUGGGCCUUUAAUCAUGGCCAGGAUUACGUGGACUUCCAAACUUAUGAGAGCACCUACAACAAGACGUACGCGUCAACUUCGGCUCGCAACUUUGCCAACUACUACUUCAUCUACAACCGCAACCAGGUGGCUCAGCACAAUGCCCAGGCGGAUCGGAAUCGCACCACUUAUCGCGAGGCAGUGAAUCAGUUCUCGGACAUCCGACUGAUCCAAUUUGCGGCCCUUCUGCCCAAGGCCGUUUCGACAGUGACCUCGGCGGCCAGUGAUCCGCCCACCACCCAGACGUCCUCCCCCACCUACGACAUCAUCACGGACUUUGGACUGACCAUAUCGGUGGAGGAUCAGGGUGUCAAUUGCAGCAGUAGUUGGGCCUAUGCCACCGCCAAGGCCGUGGAGAUUCUGAAUGCGGUGCAGACGGCCAAUCCCACUCCUGCCGCGCUAUCCGCCCAGCAACUUAUCGAUUGUGCGGGAAUGGGAGCCGGAUGCAGCACCCAGUCUCCCCUGGCUGCCCUCAAUUACCUCACCCAGCUGUCCGAAUCGUAUCUGUAUCCGGAGAUGGAUUACCCGAAUAAUAAUACACUGAAAACCCCGGGAAUGUGUCAGCCACCUUCAUCGGUGUCGGUGGGUGUUAAGUUGGCCAGCUAUUCCACGGUGGCGGAUAACGAUGAUGCCGCCAUCAUGCGCUACGUAUCGAAUGGAUUCCCCGUGAUAGUGGAGUACAAUCCGGCGACCUUUGGAUUCAUGCAGUACUCCAGCGGAGUGUAUGUGCAGGAGACGAAGGCCCUCACCAACCCGAAGAGUUCGCAGUUCCUGGUGGUCGUGGGCUACGAUCACGACGUGGACAGCAAUCUGGACUACUGGCGGUGCCUCAACUCCUUCGGAGAAACGUGGGGCGAGGAGGGCUAUAUCAGGAUCGUGCGCAGGUCCAACCAGCCCAUUGCCAGGAAUGCCGUUUUCCCCAGUGCGCUUGCCUAAAAAUAACGACUUCCUAACUAUAUUUCAAACAAAAAAACUUGAAUUUUAAAAUAAAUGCUUAAAAUCUGAGGCUUU